CGCAGGGCUUGCCCCUCCCCACUCUCCUCCGACUCGUCGUUCCUCGUUCCCACUUAGUCACCAUGACGCACACACCCUUCUCGGCAUAUAUCAGUGCCCGAAUGUGACAACACUUAUUGGCAGUUGACCUCAACCCGCAUCUCCUCCACCCACUAUCCUGCGCGUCGUACUAGCCCCCGUCUAACAUCCAAAUGUCUGUCGCAAAGAAGUCUAUGCCAUAUGUCCGCCUGGGCAAGUCUGGCCUGAAGGUGUCGAAGAUCAUCCUGGGAUGUAUGUCGUACGGCCACAAGGGCUGGAGAGAAUGGGUCAUUGACGAUCAGGAGGAGGUCAGCAAGCACAUAAAAUACGCCUACGACCACGGCAUCCAGACCUUCGAUACGGCAAAUAUGUACUCGAACGGCUGCUCCGAGGUCAUGCUCGGCAAGGCCAUCAAGGAGCUCGAGCUGCCCCGCGAGGAGCUCGUCAUUCUCACCAAGGUGUGGCAUCCACUCGCGCCAAAAUUCGGCAUGGACGUGACGCUAGCGAGUGCGGCGGACCACGGUAUCAUCAACCAGAAGGGUCUGAACCGCAAGCAUAUCUUCGACUCUAUCAAGAACAGCCUCGAGCGUCUGCAGCUCGACUACGUCGACGUACUCCAGUGCCAUCGUUUCGACUACGAUACACCGAUCGAGGAAACGAUGCAAGCCCUCCACGACGUCGUGCAGGCCGGGUACGCCCGAUACAUCGGCAUGAGCUCGUGCCACGCCUACCAGUUCCACGCCAUGCAGAACUACGCCAUCCAGCACAAGCUCACGCCCUUCAUCUCGAUGCAGAACCACCACAGCCUCGUCUACCGCGAGGAGGAACGCGAGAUGUUCCCCACACUCAAGAUGUUCGGCGUCGGCGCGAUCCCGUGGUCGCCCCUCGGCCGCGGCAUCCUCACCCGCCCGCUCUCCGCGCAGACGAAGCGCGGCGAGACCGACGCCGCCGCGGGCCCGUACAAGACGUGGGCGGGCACCGCCGACGUCGUCACCCGGGUGGAGGAGCUCGCGGGCAAGAAGGGGGUGAGCAUGGCGCAGGUCGCGCUUGCGUGGAGCUUGGCGAAGGACGACGUGUCGGCGCCGAUCGUGGGCACGACGGGCCUCAAGAACCUCGAGGAGCUCAUCGACGCGCUGGACGUCGAGCUGACUCCGGACGAGAUCAAGUACCUCGAGGAGGCAUACAAGCCGAUCGCAGUGUAUGGCCACUCGUAAGCGAUAGUGGAACGCGCGGGCGUGGGGCAAAGAUGCGUGCGACGCGCAGACGAGUGUGGUUUCCUCGCAAAAUGGGUAGUAUGGAGUCCAGUGAUAGCAACUCGCAAAAUGGA